GGUGGGUCACUGAGUGAGUUGGGGGGGGUUGCUCAUGACUGGUUGCGUAAUAAUCAAGGGGGUUAGUGGGUCACUGAGUGAGUUGGUGGGUCACUGAGUGAGUUGGUGGGUCACUGAGUGAGUUGGUGGGUCACUGAGUGAGUGGGGGGUUGGUGGGUCACUGAGUGAGUUGGGGGGGUUGCUCAUGACUGGUUGCGUAAUCAUCAAGGGGGUUGGUGGGUCACUAAUAGGAGCGAUGGGCUUGCUGCCACCCCUCGCUAAGCAGCCUCUCUCCACGCUGCUCUCCUACUGCGCCACCGCCGCCUGCAUAAUGCCGCCCGCCGCAGACGAGGCGUUUGUGACGCUGGCGACCAACGACUCCUACGCCAAGGGGGCGCUGGUGCUGGCACACUCCCUGCACCAGCAGGGCACCACGCGUCAACUCGCCAUCCUAGUCACCCCACACGUCUCACCAGCCUACAGGUCGGCGCUGCGCGUGACCUUUGACCUGGUGCAGGAGGUGGACGUGAUGGAGUCUGGGGACUCUGCCCACCUCUCUCUGAUGCAGCGCCCUGAGCUGGGGGUGACCCUCACCAAGAUUCACUGCUGGACGCUCACCCAGUACAGCAAGGCCGUGUUCAUGGACGCAGACACCAUGGCCGUCGCCCCAUUGGACGACCUCUUUGACAGGGAGGAGCUGUCAGCGGCUCCCGACCCCGGCUGGCCGGACUGCUUCAACUCUGGACUCUUUGUGUUCCGCCCGUCGCUGGACACCUACAGCCAGCUGCUGGAGAUGGCUCGCUCCACAGGCAGCUUCGAUGGGGGUGACCAGGGUCUGCUGAACACCUUCUUUAGCCGCUGGGCCACGGAGAACAUCGAGCGCCACCUCCCCUUCACCUACAACCUGAGCAUCGCCUCCGUGUACUCGUACAUGCCGGCCUUCAAACGAUUCGGCGGUGAUGUCAAGGUGGUCCACUUCCUGGGCGCGGUGAAACCCUGGCACUGCCGCUACGACUCCAAAUCCGGCACCGUCGCCUCCUCCUCCUCCUCCUCCUCCUCCUCGGACCUCUCGCAGCAGCCCCACCCCCAGCAGCAGCCCCAGCCCCAGCAGCAGCACUUGCCACACCACGCCAACUUCCUGCAGCGCUGGUGGCAGCUGUUCCACGGCAGCGUGCUGCCCACGCUGCCCGCGGACGCCGCCGCCGCCGCCGGCGUAGAGGUUUCGUCGCUGCAGUGGGCACUGUCGUCCCUGUCCGUGGCUGCCCACGCCGGCUCCGAGGGGCAGCAGCAGCAGCAGGGGCAGCAGGGGCAGCAGCAGGAGGAGGAGCACAGGCGGAGGCUGCAGUGGGAGAGAGGGCAGGCCGACUACCUGGGAGUGGACGCCUUCAAGCACAUCCAGAGCAAGCUUGACUCACAGCUCAAGUGAUGCGUGGUGGGGGGUGGUGGUGGGUGGUGGUGGUGGAGGGUGCUGGGGGCCUACUUGGCCCUGUCGACCAACCGCUCACUCAACCACUCACUCACUCAACCACUCACUCAACCACUCACUCACUCAACCACUCACUCACUCAACCACUCACUCAACCACUCACUCACUCAACCACUCACUCACUCACUCAACCACUC